AUGUCCAUGUCCAUUGGUUGGAUCAAGGAACCAGCAACUAUAUGGUCAGAGUUUGAAGCAUUGCGACGUUUGGAUAUCAGCGACCCUGAAGGUUAUAUCCGUCGUCGCCUGAAAGGAGAGGAUAUUACAUAUAUUGGUGAAAUGUGCAUUGGCUCUGGUUUCAUUGACCAAAUUGAUGCUUCACUUGAUGAUGCAUUAGUAUCCGGUGGAUGGGUUGAUAUAUACCUUCUUUAUGGGCUCAUUAAAGGAUGGAAGCCAGCGUGGAAAUUGCUCUUAGGAAUCGCCAAGAUAAGAAAAUCUACUGCUAAUGCAAGGGUGUUGUUCUGUGAUACGAUAGUUGUCAGUAACCAGAUAAUUUCAAGGGUAACAAAUGACCUCAGACAGUUAAUGCCUGCAAGAGCAAAAGAAGCAAUAGAACAAGGUUCUUUCAAACAGCAGCUUUAUAGCAGCAAAGGUAAACAAAAUGAUGAUAGUAAUAGCAAGAACAAAAAAGAAGAAAGACGUAAAAAAGCAGUAGGAGGAAAGUUUGGUGGUGGCACUCAAGGACGAGAAACUAAGACCAAGUCCGUUAAAAAUAAGAACAAAGGUAGAAGGGGAGCAGCUCAGGAUUCAGACUCUGAAGAUGAUUUACAGAAUCGCCAGGCUUCAGGUGAGGGGUCAGGGAAAUUUCCUAAGAUUGAGUUCCUGUCCUUGGAGAAACUUCAAGAGGAAAUUGCAAAUAAAAAAGAACUUGCUGAUAGCCCUGAAGAAUUGAUUGAGGAAAUGGCAAAGGAUUUACAGGAAUCUUUGACUAAGGAAUUCCAAGAAGUGGUUCAGGCAGCAUUUUUGGCAACUGUAGCAGUAGGAGGUGAUACUCGGAAGAAAACACAUCAACAGCUUCAAGAAAAAGUGUCAGCCUUAAUUACUACCAUAAGACUAUCUGAAAAGGGUAUAAAGAGGUAUAAGGAUGCAGUGCAUAACCCUCAACCCUCCUACAGUUACAGUGUCUUGCCUCCAGCUCACCUUCAACAGUUGACCUGGGAUAGUACCAAUUUUUUGUCGACCACCAGUCUCUGUCCAGGUGCUCAGCGCCAUCCGAGGUGCCACACCCCCCUUGUACCAGUUCACCCAGUGCUUUCCACGCCUCACCCAGUGCCAGUUGUUAGUAGUUUGGUGCCAGCUGUUGGGCGCUCAGCACCACCAUCUCCUCGUCCAUCAUCAUAG